AUGUCGAGGGACCAUAAAUGUACCCCAGAGGCCUUGCCCUCCGCUCUUUGGGAACGUCUUUCCAGUUUCUCUCGAAGCUUUGGACUUCCCCAUCACCUACCUCGCCUCCUCCCACACCUGCAUCGGGGGGCCUUAAAAGAUAGCCAGCAGAGAUUCAAAACUAUUACAUUACCCUGUGAGUGGGUGGAGGAUUACCGUCCAGGUGGCUAUCAUCCAGUCGUUCUUGGCGACGUCUUCGAUCAUAAGUACAAGGUCAUCCGGAAGCUUGGCGAGGGCUCCUACUCAACGGUUUGGCUCGCCCGUGACCUGAAUAGAUAUGUCGCUCUCAAGAUCCUUGUGUCCGAAGUCUCGAGAUCGACAACCGAGCCACGGAUCUUACGCCACAUCAUCGAAGUCGCACCAGCAGAAGGGACCAGAUAUGUCACGCGACUGAUAGGCGAGUUCGAACACCGCGGGCCCAAUGGUAUCCACAAGUGCCUAGUGUUUGAGCCCAUGGGUCCGAGUGUGAAUACGAUGGCUGAGGAGCUACCGCAGUUCAAACCUCGCAGGCGAGAAAUGAGAAUACGCUAUCCGCUUUGGAUGGCAAAGAGUAUCCUCAAGCAAUCCUUGCAAGCUCUUGCAUUUCUCCACGAGAAUGGUAUUGCCCAUGGAGACUUUCAGCCGGGAAACAUACUCUUCACUCUGAAUGACAUCAACUUGUUUCCUGAGAACUUGCUCCAGCAAGAGGAAAAUGUGCAAGCCCGGUCGAUUUCGCCCCCGGUACAGAGGCUAGACGGUAAACAAGAUAAAUGGGCUCCUCCAUAUCUUUGCGUUGCGCAGCCAUUGGUGCCAUUAACCUGCUACACCGAAGGGUUCAAGGUUAAAUUAUCCGAUAUGGGCGGAGCAUAUUUUCUUACCGACCCGCCAACAAAGCCUAUUAUUCCACUCGGUCUUCGAGCUCCCGAGUUGAUUCUUACUGGAGCAGUCGACAACACUCUCGAUAUAUGGAGUUUCGGUUGCCUCGUCUUUGAACUUAUCACUGGACAGCCGCUUUUUUGUAUACCUUGCUCGGAGAUGGAAGAUGACGAUCAUCUUCUAUCUCUCACCGCCCAGCUCGGUGCUCUCCCCGUCGAGCUCUUCAAGCAUUGGACGACCUCAUCGCUCUACUUUACGCCCGAGAGGAAGCUCUUUAAUUGUCAGCUUGGAGGAGUCUCUCCAGGAGAGGAACCGCUUAUGGUGGAGCAGACCUCCAUGGAAGAGUCCUUCGAUCGGGCAGGUCCAGGUCUUGGUGAGGAGGAAGCCCAGAAAGUGAAGGCGCUCAUCCGAUGGAUUUUACAAUAUGAUCCCGCGAAGAGACCUUCGCCUACAGAAAUCUUAUCUGACCCAUGGUUCUGCGCGAUUGACGUUGAGAGCGACUCGUCCAAAGCAUCUCUAGUUUAG